UUGCUCAUAUUCGUUACCACCGGAGGUGAAAAACAGCGAAAAAGACGAAUACAAGCUUGAAUGGACUCGAAAUCUCCCGAGGUACCCUGACGGCGAGGAUGAAAUAUUGUUGUCAUGGGAAGACCGCUUCAAAGUAUGGGAAAAAGGGAUUCACCUAGUUCCAUCCAAACGGGAGAUUUGCCCUUUAGGUUUCCAUCAAACAAUGUUGGAUCAAUUCUCGUCCUCAGAUUUAUCUAUAGACAAAUAUACUCAUAUUCUGGUCAUGUCGAUGUGCUUACGCCGCUGGGUGGUACGAGAGGCCACCAAAUGUGUUUGUCCUGAAAGAUACUAUUUAUCAUCACUCUUGUGCUUGGGUAUAUUUCAAUUCUCCAUUCUCAAGUCUUUAUCAGUUUCUGUCGGUGAACUCUGGCCUGUUUGCCUCGCUGCCAUCAGAGUUCCCAAGUCGUUCAGCUUCACGGCUAUAGUCGAUUCUCUUCUUGUUGUUGAACAGUAUGACGAAAUCGAAAUUAAUUAUCAGCUUUCUCUCAUUACAUGUCCAGAAAUCGCAAAUACAUCCAGUACAUUAUCAUAUAUCAAAAGCCCUCUAGCCGCUCUUGAUGUCCUUACAAAGAUGAUUAAUCUCUGCUUAUCAUUGAUAAUUAGUUGUUAUAAUGAGACGUUAAAACGGGCUGUGCCGACUUACUUUUCAACCCACUCCUCAUUUUCCGGAAUUGCAGCUUGCCCACCGUGA